GUUUGCACAUUACUUAUGCUCCUGUCUCAUGCCUUUGUGUGUCUGUGUAUUGCACUGCCCAGUGUGAGCAAUCCUCGGGGGACCCUGCAGGAUGGCACCAGCAGAUUCACCUGCAGGGGGAAGCCCAUCCACCACUUCCUCGGUGUCAGCAGCUUCUCCCAGUACACGGUGGUGGAUGAGAAUGCAGUAGCCAAAAUUGAUGCAGCCUCACCCAUGGAGAAAGUCUGUCUCAUUGGCUGUGGAUUUUCAACUGGUUAUGGGUCUGCAGUCAAAGUUGCCAAGGUAACCCCAGGCUCUGUCUGUGCUGUGUUUGGCCUGGGAGGGGUCGGCCUAUCUACUGUUAUGGGCUGUAAAGCAGCUGGAGCAGCCAGAAUCAUUGCGGUGGACAUCAACAAGGACAAAUUUGCAAAGGCCAAAGAGUUGGGUGCCACUGAAUGCAUCAACCCUCAAGACUACAAGAAACCCAUCCAGGAGGUGCUAAAGGAAAUGACUGACGGAGGUGUGGAUUUUUCAUUUGAAGUCAUCGGUCGGCUUGACACCAUGAUGGCUUCCCUGUUAUGUUGUCAUGAGGCAUGUGGCACAAGCGUCAUCGUAGGGGUACCUCCUGAUUCCCAGAACCUCUCAAUAAACCCUAUGCUGCUACUGACUGGACGCACCUGGAAGGGAGCUAUUUUUGGUGGCUAUAAGAGUAAAGAAUGUGUCCCAAAACUUGUGGCUGAUUUUAUGGCUAAGAAGUUUUCAUUGGAUGCAUUAAUAACCCAUGUUUUACCUUUUGAAAAAAUAAAUGAAGGAUUUGACCUGCUUCACUCUGGGAAAAGUAUCCGUACCAUCCUAAAGUUUUGAGACAAUACAGAUGUUUUCCAUUGUGGCAGUCUUCAGCCUCCUCUACUCUACGUGAUCUGGAGCAACAGCUGGGAAAUAUCAUUAAUUCUGCUCUUCAGAGAUGUUAUCAAUAAAUUACAUGUGGGGGCUUUCCAAAGACAUUGAAAUUGAUGUAAAAUUAUUUUUCAAGCAAAUGUCUAAAAUCCAAAUGAGAACUAAAUAAAGUGUUGAACAUCAGCUGGGGAAUUGAAGCCAAUAAACCUUCCUUCUUAACCAUUC